AUGCCUGAACAGUCCAACGACUACCGGGUGGUGGUCUUCGGUGCUGGUGGAGUCGGCAAAAGCUCGCUGGUUCUGAGGUUCGUCAAAGGCACUUUCAGGGAGAACUACAUUCCGACCAUAGAGGAUACCUACAGACAGGUGUGUGUUGUUGACAGACAGGUGUUAUGCACACUUCAGAUUACAGAUACAACAGGAAGCCAUCAGUUUCCAGCAAUGCAGCGCCUGUCAAUCUCAAAAGGCCACGCCUUUAUAUUAGUAUAUUCAAUAUCUAGUCGUCAGUCAUUGGAGGAACUGAAACCAAUCAGAGAUGAGAUCAUAGAAAUGAAGGGAGAUAUUGAAGGCAUUCCUGUGAUGUUAGUAGGGAAUAAAUGUGACGAUGUGAAUAGAGAAUGUACAGUGCAAGAAGGAAUAGAGUUAGCAAAACGGUGGAAUUGUGCUUUCUUGGAAACUUCUGCAAAGACCAAUCAUAAUGUCAAAGAACUGUUUCAGGAGCUGCUUCAGCUGGAGAAAAGGCGGGCAGUUAGUCUGCAGUUGGAAACAAACAAAUCCAAGUCACAGAAAAGGCGGGACAAAUUGAAGGGAAAAUGUGCCCUGAUGUGA